UUGAUCCGGGAGUGUAGCCAAUCGAAGAAGUCGCUUACGGCCACGAAAAUGGGGGCCAAAACUCUGUGGCCUUUAUCGAGUUUCCCGGCCUCAGUGGCCUCACACACUCUUACACUCUUCGUUAACAUUAAGUCAGGCGUUUCUGACUGCCAUGCAUCUAUGGAACACCAAGAUGGGGCCAACGACGAGUUCAGAAGCGAUACGGGGGCUGAGCAACAUACGGUAGCUCGAGUAUCCUCAGAUGAUAGAGACCAGAAGGAGGAUGAGCGUUCGAACAGUCAUGAGAAUCGAACUGAGACAGGAGAAGCAAACAUCGCCGAUGGUAAAGAGACUAGGAUAGAAGAAUCGGAAGAUGAGACUAUCAAACAACAAGCUGGCAGCAAAACUGAACCUCGCGCCACUCUGAUCGAUAACAAUUCUCGAAGCUCCCGGAAGAGGGAGCAUGUCGAACAAAAUGUGGAAACACUUGAGACUAAGCCGUUGAAACCCCCCAAUUCAUCUUUGGAACAGAUACAGCGAGCGACCUGGGCAUUUCAGAACAUAGAAGGGAUUGAAGCUGCCCAAGUGCCGCUGCCAUCUUCAAAAACUUCGUCACUGAUGUCCGUACAAGCUUCCACAGAGACACGACCACCUCUCGGAACGUCUCUCGAAGAUUUAGAAUUGCGUCCAGAAGAUAUUCCACUACCUUCGCGGAAGAAACCCAAUCCCUUUCUCAAUUGGAUGGCAGGAUCAGCACCAACCAAAUCGCGGAACAAGGGCAGGAAAAAACAGGAACCAACUCCAGAAUCACAUUCAAAUGCCGAAGAGGUAGAGAACUACCGCAACAACGUGAACCGCCUGGCUAAUCAUUUUGCCUACUUCAACAGCGUCGCUACUACUGAGACACGCCAUGGUCAUUGGAUCUCUCAGAUUGUUUUUUACGAUCGCCUUGAACAUGAACAACACCACUCGCCGAUGCGAAAUGAACCUUGGCCCAACCAAGCCUACGCACCGUCAUAUGCCGAAUUUUAUGGUACCCUGAGAACCGUGCACGACAAUUGUCAACAACGAUUGAUAUUGGUCGAGGACUUGACCCCAUCAUCAGUUGACCUCUUGGGGGCGACAUUUGAUAUACCACCUCAUGUUUUUGAGGAACAUCUUGAUCGUUCAGGAUAUAGAGAAACAAGGGAAAAUCACAAAAGCGCCUCCGCGUGGAAUGCUCGCUCGUCAGCCCAAGGAUACUCUUCUGUGACCUGGUACAGACCUGUUCUGCCUCUGUUUUCUCUGGAUGCGAAAUUUCGGGCUAAACUUAUCAAGAACCGGAGUCCGCAGGUUCCCUGCCCCUUGGAAGGAUGUGAACAGCAUAACGUCUCUUUAUCGACAACCGGAAACAUAUGGCGUCAUUAUAUUGAUCUCUGCCCUGAGCCUGGUGAUUACCACAAAGACUCUGAAACUGAGUAUCCAGUGGGCUGGGAAGAGAGGGCCACGGUAUGGAGCCGGGAUAUCGAUGGGUGCAAAUUCGUUAUAAUUUUGCUCGAUCCGCUUCCUGUAGUAGUGGGCAAACAAGGCAAAAUUAGUGCAUGGAGGCGUGAGGGACUCAUUCCUAUGGGUAACCAAUGGAUUAUCAAGGAAGAAGGCAAUUACAAAAGCUAUCGUGCACGGCCUUCUCGAAAUCGAGAACAAUAUGUUGUUGAUUGGACGCAACAAUCUUCAUUGCCCACACAUUUUGAGGGCCGACCAUCCUCACCUCCCAUUCACCAUGGACCAAACCCGACAUUUCAUAAUCCACAAACCACUGGCGCAGAUGUUGACCCGGCGGAAAUUCCUUUUACGGCAACUGCUCUCAGGCGAAGAGCCACAACUGGUGCUUCUAAUGUAAAGUCCACCUCGCCAGUCGACAGAGGGCAAGAUCCUCGCGCCUUCCAUGAUCCUCCACUUGUACCACCACCACCACCACCCAUGCCAGCUCCAUCUGCGUCGGCUAUGCCCCGGGCACGAUCCCGAUCAAUUCCUUCAGUAGAUCAAGAAGCAGUAUUAGUCAGAGAUCAUGGAGCUUUCGUACCAUACGAUCUUAUCAAAGCUAGAUCAUCUUCAUCGGCUCGCAACGAUGCUACGUUUGUAACAAAACAUAUGCGUGCAUAUAUCGAAAGCCUGCAGAUACCCAAAUCUACAUUGGAGGAGUUUGAGCUUUUCAUGCAAGUACCGAUGAAAGGGAAGGAGCCUCAUUACGAUCCAUUCCACGCGUUGUUUCGCGCUAUUCAUGACGACUCGCACAGCUUGGUCGAUAUCAUUCGAAUAUCAUUGCAGCGGAUCCGCCAGGAUACGCUGAAUAUUGAGUUAAUGCAGGAGCGCGUUACGUUUUGGCGAGCGCUGCUGCACCGACUAAAUUUCAAUCUCGGAGAACUGGAUCAGAAUCUGCGUGCAUUUGUACAAUUCAUCAACGAGCCUGAGUCACACACUUCACAAGCGAUGCUUCCUUCCGAGAAACUCGCUGAAGAUACACGACAAACACUACGUAGCUGCAUGGACCUUAUAGAUCGAUCUUCUGGUUCCUUAUUGUCAGAAAUGCAGAUUGUAGACAGUCAACGCAGCAUCGCCGAAGCCGAGAGUGUAUCGAAACUCACAGAACUCGCAUUUGUUUUCAUACCUCUAUCCUUCGUAGCCAGUCUCUUCAGCAUGCAGGUACACGAACUCGGGGACGGCGUUCCACUAUAUCAAUUUGUGCUUGUGGCCAUCGGGUUUGUCGUCGUGGCAUACGCUGUGCGCCUCAGCAUCCGCAGCUCGCAUCUCAUCGAGUACAAGAAAAACAUCUUCGACCAGAUUCGUGAGGAUACAGAUAUUCGAAACAACAAACCCAUACCCACGCACAAAUUUCUAGGCUGGCUUGCUUCUAACUCACGAGCAGCCAUAUCAAAGCAUACAAUUGCUUUUGUAGCUAUUUCCGCGCCAGCCAUCCUCAGCUUUGCCGUGAUCGCUGCAAUGGUCAGCCCCAUAAUACUACUCUGGCUCCGCAAGAUAGACAAAGGUUUCACUAUCGUCAUGACUGUAUUACUUCUACUCCUCGAUGCUAUCCUCGUAGCCCCCAUCCUGUUGCGAACUUCGGACAAGAUCGAAUUCAACCCUCAAGAGCGACUCCGUGAAAUGCAACAGGCCCAUCGGAUCAAUCGCGAAAAGCGCGAAAAGGCAAAGAGGCGGCGGAAGCGCAAGGCUGGCGAAGAUCCGGAACAGGUCGGUGCUGACAGCUCCGACAGCAGCCAAAAAGAUGGACAAAGAGGAAAACCAAUAAGAAAGCUUCAAAAGAGUGACACUGCUGUAUCAGAGGCGCCACCGCGUAUCAGAAUAGAAUUACGUGGUCAGGAAUCGAGAUCCAGAUACUCUUGA